CAGCGCAGGCGGCAGUGGGGGCCGGAGAGCGCGGCGGUGUGGACCGUGCGGCCAAGGAACGCGGCUCCCAGAGCGCGGGCCGCCCGAGGAGCGACAGCCGGAGCCCGGUCCCAGCCGGAGCCGAGCCCCACCCGAGCCGAAACGGGUCCGGCGCUCCAGGUGCCCGCAGCCAUGCUGGCCGGCCGCGCCGCGCGCACCUGUGCGCUGCUCGCUCUUUGCCUCCUGGGCAGUGGGGCCCAGGAUUUUGGGCCGACGCGCUUCAUCUGCACCUCGGUGCCGGUGGACGCCGACAUGUGCGCCGCGUCCGUGGCCGCUGGCGGCGCGGAGGAGCUCCGGAGCAAUGUGCUGCAGCUUCGCGAGACCGUGCUGCAGCAGAAGGAGACUAUCCUUAGCCAGAAGGAGACCAUCCGCGAACUGACCACCAAGCUGGGCCGCUGCGAGAGUCAGAGCACACUGGACUCCGGUCCCGGCGAGGCAAGGGCGGGCGGCGGCCGCAAGCAGCCCGGCUCGGGCAAGAACACCAUGGGCGACCUGUCCCGGACGCCGGCCGCUGAGACGCUUAGCCAACUCGGGCAAACUUUGCAGUCUCUCAAAACCCGCCUGGAGAACCUCGAGCAGUACAGCCGCCUCAAUUCCUCCAGCCAGACCAACAGCCUCAAGGAUCUGCUGCAGAGCAAGAUCGAUGACUUGGAGCGGCAGGUGCUAUCUCGGGUGAACACAUUGGAGGAAGGAAAGGGGGGCCCCAAGAACGACACCGAGGAAAGGGUCAAGAUCGAGAGCGCCCUGACCUCCCUGCACCAGCGGAUCAGCGAGCUGGAGAAAGGUCAAAAAGAUAACCGCCCUGGAGACAAGUUCCAGCUCACAUUCCCGCUGCGGACCAACUACAUGUACGCUAAGGUGAAGAAGAGCCUGCCUGAGAUGUACGCCUUCACCGUGUGCAUGUGGCUCAAGUCCAGCGCUGCGCCCGGCGUGGGCACGCCCUUCUCCUAUGCCGUGCCCGGCCAGGCCAAUGAGCUAGUCCUCAUUGAGUGGGGCAACAACCCCAUGGAGAUCCUCAUCAAUGACAAGGUGGCCAAGCUGCCCUUUGUAAUCAAUGAUGGCAAGUGGCACCACAUCUGCGUCACCUGGACCACCCGGGAUGGGGUCUGGGAAGCCUACCAGGAUGGCACCCAGGGCGGCAAUGGCGAGAACCUGGCACCCUACCACCCCAUCAAGCCGCAGGGCGUGCUGGUGCUGGGCCAGGAGCAGGACACUCUGGGUGGCGGGUUUGAUGCCACACAAGCAUUUGUGGGUGAGCUGGCCCAUUUCAACAUCUGGGACCGCAAGCUGACCCCAGGGGAAGUAUACAACCUGGCCACCUGCAGCACCAAGGCCCUCUCUGGCAAUGUCAUCGCCUGGGCCGAGUCCCACAUUGAGAUCUUUGGCGGAGCCACCAAGUGGACAUUCGAGGCCUGUCGCCAGAUCAACUGACAGCUUUCGGCAGGGCUGAGCCCCGGCCCCACACCCACCUACCCUGCUUGUGCAGUGAUGAUCCAUCGUCUCUUCUUUCCCUUUCCCCAGGAAUGAAUCAAGGCCAUGGCCCCUGCACAUGCACACGCACACGCACACACACCUGCGCACACAGCCUGGUUUUGCCCUUCUCAUGCACACGAAGCAGUCCCGGCUCUUCUCCAUUCCUAAGGAACCCCACUUCUCCCUAGGAGCCCCGACUGUUUCCCAGGUGUGCCCUACUCACAGCGAAAGAGGUGACAUCAGCAUUCUGGACAGUGCGGAAGUCGGUGAAGGGGUGUGUGUGUGUGUGUGGUGUGUAGCUGGGGACGACUUUCAUUCUAGAAUGAAUAUCUGGUUUCCUCCUUUCCUUGUGGCUUUGGGAAACCUCGUGAUGGGUCAGAACUCUGAAUUUGCCAACUCUGUCCGCUCCUGUGUGCCUUGGGGCUGGUGCCGCUUCUCCAGCACACACAUCUGUCUUCGUUUGCAAACUUCUUUUGGAGCAGCAUAGCUCUCUAGUGAUGUAGGAAAUGUGUUUUAAUGGUUUUUCAAGGCCAGGGGGACCUUUCUACAGAGAGUUUUUACUCCAUAUUAGAAGUGAAUGCUCUCUGAAGGUCGGAGGCUUCUGUCCUGGGGUGGCAUUGCCUUCCAGUCCUUCCCUCACCCUGCCUGGUCAGCAUCCCUGCUGUCUCACCUGAGGGCAGUGUGGGCCUGGGGGUCUGGCCUGCAUGCCCCCUUGGUGGCUCUACCGCAGGACUGGGCCUCGCUCCUGGGCCUCCCUGCCUCUUUGCAUCCUGUGGAGCUGGGACCUGUUACUCCCUUUCAGCCACCCAGGCUGUACUGCUUGGGCCCAAGUGGCCCUGAGAGAGGAGUGUCCCAUGAGCCCCAAGAUUCAGAGGUCUAGUGCUUUGGCCCCCACCUCUGGUAGUUGGGGACAGAGGUUUCAAGUGGUGUCCUCUGGACAAGGAACCCAUGUGCUGACUGAGACCCAGCCCCAGAAGGCUACAGAGACUCAGCCCAGCCGGUCCAUGAGAAGGUCUUUCCCUUGGCACUUCUGACAGCCAUACCCCUCCCAGCACCCCAGGCCUGGAUAAGCUGGCUCAGAUGGAGCCGCUCAGAUGGAGCCCGUCCUGGCCAGAGCAGGGCCUGCCAGCCUCUCCUCACAGGGCUUAAGCAGCCCCCAAUCUGCCACUGGCCUGUGACUCUGAGACCUGACUCACCCAGAGCCUCCGGCUUCUUUUCCCCAUGAAAAGCAGCACAAGCAUCCCCUUCUAAUCCUUCCGAAGAGGGGAGAAAAGUGUGUGUGUGUGUGUGCGCACAUGUGUGUGCUUGUGUGUGAGUGACCUAGAGCAAACAUCCAGGAGGUCUUGCCCAGGAUGGGGGAGCCCCUGCUUUGUCCUGCCAGCUGGUGGGCCAUCUCCAGGAAUCUGACUGGCAAAAGGCGGGCGGGUCUGUCUAGAAGUCCUGCACACCCCCUGGCUGGCCUGCAGCUGCAGACGUUCUUCCGAGGAGCAGGCCCUGCCUGCUGUCCCUCCAGGGGCACCUGGCUCCUACAGUGCAGGCCCGUGUGUGUCAGAAACCCGUGCAUCUGUGUGUCUGUGUUGGUGUCUCUGUCGCUGUGCUCAUUGUGUCUGCACGGUACCGGCUGCCGUUCCGCACUGCAUCACUCUGGCCGAGAGGGUGCGGGUCGGCACCGCCCUGUGUGUUCUUGUUCAACAGUGGCUUUUUUUAGAUACUCGUGCUUCCUCAGUGCCCGUCGGGUCGUGGCUUUCUCGGAUCUGCAGGGAUCUUCUCUGUUUGCAUGUUCCUCGGGUGGCGUGUUCCUUGCUCCCUGGUCCGAUGUGUGUUCCCUUGCCUGCAUGGACUUCUCCGGUUCUGUGUUGUGUGCUGAGUGCCACCCAGUGUUCUUUGACCACCCAUGCUACUGAAAAUGGCUGGGUAAGCAAGCAGGGGUGUCAGUGGAGGUCAAGAGGGAGGUCAGUGCUCCCCUGUCCUCCCCGCCCCCCAAACACACCAAGAAGCAACUUUAACAUGUAGGCUGAGAACGAGCCUGAAUGAUACCCGUGGUUGGGAGAGAGCAAGAGAGCCUGGAAUCACCUUUCCAGAGCAGAUGGAGCCCCACCCUCACUCCAGCCGCCUGGGAGCCCCGCGUGGGCAAGGCCCAGAGCCGGCUGUACCAGGUGCCCUCCUGCCAGCACCUUCCACCAGCCCCUGCCCCUGCCAAUACCGGACCCCAAACCACCUCUGCCCACAGUGGGCAAGGUGGGAGCUGUCCGUCCAGGACCACAAGCCAUCCUCUGCCCUAGCUAGAGAGGGCAGAGCAUCCCAACUCACACCUCUGUCCCUCCAGCCUCCAGACACCUCCCUUCCCUUCCCUUCCCGCUCCCUUGAUGCACCCAUGGUGCCAGACACGGAUAUUUAGCUCCCGCCCGGCCCUCACUGGAGUCAGUGCCAAGCCCCUUGACUCCCUCACUGUGUUCACACUUGGCACUUUGCUGGCCCCGAGAAAGGUAGAUGACACAGCCGCAAAUCCAGUCCACAGCCCCAUUGCCUCCUUGAUCUGACUGAUGUUCCCUCUUGCACUGAAUUCUACAAGCCUCUCAGGUAAGCCAUUUUAUAAAAUAAGAAGAUAAAAAGCACUGUCGGCACAGUGUUUGCUUUUGCCCAGCUGGUGUCCGACAGCUCCCUGGGUGUCCGGGUGGGACCGCUACCGAAGGAGGCCCCCGGGCCCUCGGGGGCUGAGAUCCCACUUGAAUCGUAAGCCUUCUUGCUUUUGAUAACACAGUAUUAUUUCUCUUACUGUAGAAGAAAAAGUUUAUUACCAAACAAGAGUAUUUUUAUGAAAGAAUAGGGCAAACCUAUAAAUUAUCUCAACCUAUAUCUCCCUGGAAAACACUUUCAGGCUCCACCAAAAUGUAGGACUGAAAGCGUGUAUUUUGGAAGAAAGAGAUACAUUUUGUAUGCUUUCUUUUCCUUUUGUAGAUUCCCAGUUUAUUUUCUAAGACUGCAAAAUUCACUUUGUCACCAGCCCUGGGACCUGAGACCAAGGGGGUGUCUUGUGGGCAGUGAGGGGAGGGAGUGCAGGCCUGAGGUUCACGGUCAUUCCAGUGAGUUCCAAGGCAGGCCACCUGAUCUCGAAGGCAUGUUGGGGACAGGAGGUCAAAAAAGUCAUUAAUGGUGGGACCUUUGUCUUGGAGCUUACUGGUCAAAUAGAACAAAUUGAGGACUUGAAUAUCAGUUCUAACCUCGAUAGAAGCAGCUAGGGUUAUGUAGUGUCAACAUUAAGAGGAUCGACUCCUUUGAAAGCCUGUGGCAACUAAAACAUGGCUCGAAGCAGUUGUGGUAUCAUCUCUUAAAACACAGUGUGGAGAUUUAUUCAAAUAACAUUGGGAAAUGUCUCGCUUCUGUGCACAGUGGACUUAAGUGCAGUGCAAUUUGUUAAAAGGGAACAAGUCAUUGAGAAAAAAGCCCAAUACUGAGAGUCCCAAUUUUGUCUUAUUUGCCAAAAAAAUAAAAUAAAAGCAAACCCCCUGAA